AUGGAUGGAUUCCGGCUUGUGAAACUCAAUGAAGUCAUCAGACAAGUUGACAUCGUCAUCACCUGCACAGGCAACAAGAACGUGGUGACCAGGGAACACCUGGACCGGAUGAAGAACAGCUGCAUCGUCUGCAACAUGGGGCACUCCAACACCGAGAUCGACGUGGCAAGCCUGCGUACACCCGAGCUGACCUGGGAGAGGGUGAGGUCCCAGGUGGACCAUGUCAUCUGGCCAGACGGAAAAAGAAUAGUCCUUCUGGCAGAGGGCCGCUUGCUGAACCUGAGCUGCUCCACCGUCCCCACCUUCGUCUUGUCCAUCACUGCCACCACACAGGCUUUGGCUUUGAUAGAGCUCUACAACGCUCCCGAAGGCCGCUACAAACAAGACGUGUACUUGCUGCCUAAGAAAAUGGACGAGUACGUGGCAAGCCUUCACCUCCCAACGUUUGACGCCCACCUGACAGAACUAACGGACGAACAAGCAAAAUACCUGGGACUGAAUAAGAACGGACCUUUCAAACCAAACUACUACAGAACGCGGUCCGGCCAGGAAGGGGAGGGCGCGGCUGGCGCUGUGACGCGGCACGCUUGGCAGGACGCGAGCCCUUUGUAUCUGGCGGCAGCUGUCACCCAGACGUGGCGAAUGGCGGAGCGAUGCCAUCCGGCCAACUCGGAUGACAGCUUUAUUUUUAAAGUUUGA